AUCUUUACUUGUUUUCGUUUUCUUAUGUGUACCUUUUACAAAUUCAGAUUUGUUUUGAUUGAUUUCUUAGUUUUUCAUUUUCGUUUUCGAUUUAGUAUCUUCAAAACUGAGAGUCAGAUUUUCAUUUUCGUUUUUCUUUGUUGAUUUUGAUUUACAGACUCAGAUCUUGAUGUGAAUCUUCUUGUUGAUUUUGAUUAACAGACUCAGAUUGAGAUACUAUGGAAGAUUUACAAAAAGUGCUAAAUGUGGAAGAUUCACCAAAAACUUCCAACAAUGAAAAAGAAUUGUCAGAAGGGACUCAAACUCCAAGAACUAUUACACAAGUUACCCCAAAUGGUUCAACCCUGUGGAUUCCUCAUUGUGAGUUUGAUAAAAAGCCAUUUGUUGGUAUGGCUUUUGAAAACUUAGAGAAAGCCUUAGAUUUUUAUGGUAAAUAUGCUGAAAUUUGCGGUUUUGAUAUACGUUCAUCUACUACCUACAAAAAAAAGGGUAUUGUUUUUUUAAAAUAUUUUGUUUGUAGUAGGGAGGGUAUCAUAAAACCUAACCCUAAGAAAAGUGCAGAUGUUGUUGCACGUUAUAAGAGAUCAACCAAAAGAAUUGGUUGUAAAGCUAGAUUGAUUUUGAAAUAUGACAUAGCGAAGAGAACAUACCAUGUUUUAAAAUUCGAAGAGGCGCACAAUCAUUGUCUAGUUAGCCCUACAUCGCGUCAAUUUUUAUUGGGUAAUAGGAAAAUGACUUUGUUGCACAAAAAUUUCAUAUCUAAGAAUGCACGGGUUAAUAUAGGACCGGUCAAAUCCUUUAGAUUGUUUAAGGAAAAUGUCGGGAGUUAUGAGAAUGUGGGAGUGACAAUGCAAGAUUUUAAGAAUUUCCAUAGGGAUUUGAAAGCAUAUAUCAAAGGAGAUGAUGGGAAGAUGUUGAUCGAGAAUUUUAUCAGAAAAAGAGAUAUUUACACGGGGUUUUAUUUUGAUUAUGCUUUAGAUGAGGAGGACCACAUAUCACGUUUAUUUUGGGCCGAUGCGAUAAGUAGAAAGAAUUAUUGUUUAUUUGGAGAAAUGGUUACUUUUGAUUGUACUUAUAACACCAAUAAGUAUAGCAUGGUUUUAGCCCCUUUUACCGGAGUAGAUCAUCAUAAGUCUUGUAUUACAUUUGGUAUAGGUUUAUUAGCUAAGGAAGAUAGUGAAUCUUUUGAGUGGUUAUUUAGAACUUUUUUACAUUGUAUGGGGGAGUGUAUGCCAACAUAUUUGAUAACUGAUCAAGACCCUGCAAUGAAAAUUGCGAUUAAAAAUGUAUUUCCACACACAAUACACAAACUUUGCAUGUGGCACAUCAUGAGUAAAGUGACUGAUAAAGUUGGACCGGAAUUGAACAAAAAUGAAGAUAAAUGGUUUACUAGUAUAUUUAGUAUACGAGAUCAAUGGAUACCCGCAUAUUUUAGGGAUAUCCCAUUGGGGGGGAUUUUGAGAACUACAUCCCGAUCGGAAAGUGUUAAUAGUUUCUUCAACCACUUUUCAAACCCUCACAUGACACUUGUUGAAUUUUAUAUGAGUUAUGAAAGUGCAAUGGAUGCACAGAGGUACAAACAAGAUAAGCUCAAUGCUGAAUCACUUCACACAAACCCACAAUAUAAAACACCAUUGCCGAUUGAAAAACAUGCCGGUGAAGUCUAUACUAGAAAAAUUUUUUUUCUUUUUCAAAAUGAAGUUUAUAAGUCUUGUUUCAAAACUUAUAUUCAAAGUAUUGAAAAGAAUGAAAGUGUGGAAAGUAUAACUGUUUUGGACUCAACGGUAAGUAAGAUGUACAAGGUGAAUUUUAUACUGGGAAGUUCGAUUGACGAGUUGAAGGUAGAUUGUGAUUGCAAGUUAUUUAAACGGAUAGGAAUAUUAUGUUCCCAUGCGAUUUGUGUUAUGAGUGCAAGACAAAUAACACAAAUACCAAAGCAAUAUGUUUUAGAUCGUUGGACGAAGCUAGCAUUAAAGAAGCCUAUUUUUGAUUUGCAUGGGAAUCUGAUUGAAGAGAGCAAAAAGUGUAACAACGUGGGGAAGUUGUUGGGGGAAGUUUGGUGUGAAAUAUUCAAUUGUGUAGGUUUAGCUCAACGGAGUGAGAGCGAUUUACAAUCACUUUUACAAAACCUAAAAGAUAUUAGUAGAAAAUUGGAGGAAAGUGAUGAUGUGAGGGUGGACAUUACUAAAGAGCAACAAAUCGAAUUUCGAAAUUGCCCAUCAACAAAAGAUACCCCACUUAAGCUACUGUCUUCUGUACAUUUGACUGGUUAUGCACACGGAUGUUCUGCUGGAUUCAUAGCAUCCUCCUUACUAGUGGAUGCACAAGGUUUAGGAACAUCAGCUGUUACUGCAAUUUUAGGAUUCCUACAUGCUGCUAAAUUUGCCCAUUAA